CGUCUCAACAUGGAAUAGCACAAGCCGCUCGUCCUCUGCCCACAAGCGGACCCCGCCGAGAGGAUUACACGCUUCCCAGUCGCCCGCGAAUGAUAGGACGGCCGAUGCUUUUGUAGCUGGAAAAGGGACUGUUUUAUUUGAAAGAUGGCGAACGACUCCCCAGCUAAAAGUCUGGUAGACAUCGACUUGGCUUCACUGCGGGACCCGGCUGGGAUAUUUGAAUUGGUGGAGGUGGUUGGAAAUGGCACCUACGGACAAGUCUACAAGGGACGACAUGUCAAGACUGGGCAGCUGGCCGCCAUCAAGGUCAUGGACGUCACAGAGGAUGAAGAAGAGGAAAUUAAAUUGGAGAUUAACAUGCUGAAGAAGUAUUCCCUUCACAGAAACAUCGCCACCUACUACGGGGCUUUCAUUAAAAAGAGUCCACCAGGACAUGACGACCAGCUUUGGUUGGUGAUGGAGUUCUGCGGAGCUGGUUCCAUCACAGACCUGGUGAAGAACACCAAGGGGAACCAGUUGAAGGGAGACUGGAUUGCCUACAUCUCCAGAGAAAUCCUUAGAGGUUUAGCCCACUUACACGCCCACCAUGUCAUCCACCGAGACAUCAAGGGCCAAAAUGUCCUGUUGACUGAAAAUGCUGAAGUGAAACUAGUGGACUUUGGUGUGAGUGCCCAGCUGGAUCGCACUGUAGGCCGGAGAAACACCUUCAUUGGUACUCCAUACUGGAUGGCCCCCGAAGUCAUUGCCUGCGACGAAAACCCUGAUGCUACAUAUGACUACAGAAGUGACCUGUGGUCUUGCGGCAUUACAGCAAUUGAGAUGGCUGAAGGAGCGCCACCGCUUUGUGACAUGCACCCAAUGAGAGCACUCUUCCUGAUUCCAAGAAACCCCCCUCUGAGGCUCAAAUCCAAGAAAUGGUCCAAAAAGUUUUUCAGUUUCAUCGAGGGCUGUCUUGUGAAGAACUACACACAGCGGCCGCCAACAGAACAGCUGCUCAAACACCCCUUUAUCCGAGACCAACCCAAUGAGAGGCAGGUCCGGAUUCAGCUGAAAGACCACAUUGAUCGCACCAAGAAGAAGAGGGGCGAAAAAGACGAGACUGAGUACGAGUCCAGUGGGUCUAGCCUCAACAAAGUGACAACUAACACCAACAAUGUGACAUCUUACACCAACAAUGUGACAACUAACACAAACGAUGUGACAACUAACAUCAACUAUGUGACCAACAACACCAACAAUGUGAAAAACAACACCGACAAUGUGACAACUAACACAAACAAUGUGACCACUAACACAAAAAAAUUGACAAACAACACCAACAAUGUGACAACUAAAGCCAACAAAGUGACAACUAACACCAACAAUGUGACAACUUACACCAACAAUGUGACAACUAACACAAACGAUGUGACAACUAACAUUAACUAUGUGACCAACAACACCAACAAUGUGAAAAACAACACCGACAAUGUGACAACUAACACCAACAAUGUGACCACUAACACCAAAAAUUUGACAAACACCAACAAUGUGACAACUAACAUCAACUAUGUGACCAACAACACCAACAAUGUGAAAAACAACACCGAUAAUGUGACAACUAACACCAACAAUGUGACCACUAACACCAAAAAUUUGACAAACAACACCAACAAUGUGACAACUAACACCGACUAUGUGAAAACUAACACCAACUAUUUGACAACUAACACCAACAAUGUGAGAACUAAGACCAACUAUGUGACAACUAACACCAACAAUGUGACAACCAACACCAACGAUGUGACAAAAACUAACACCAACAAUGUGACAACUAAAGCCAACAAAGUGACAACUAACACCAACAAUGUGACAACUUACACCAACAAUGUGACAACUUACACCAACAAUGUGACAAAAACUAACACCAACGAUGUGACAACUAACAUCAACUAUGUGACCAACAACACCAACAAUGUGAAAAACAACACCAACAAUGUAACACCGCUAACACCAACAAUGUGA